AGGUGGUGGUGGAGGAGGAGGAGGAGGAGGAGGAGGAGGGAGAGAGAAGCCAGAGAGAAACUUGUCUUGGGGAUUAAUAGGAGGCAGGAGGAGGGAGAGGUGCACACAGGAAAACACCCGGACCAUGAAGCCGGCGGCCCUCGCCUUCCUCCUCCCGCUGGCGCUGGCGCUGGCGCCGGCGGCGAGCGGGCAGCGCCGCAAACCCCCGCGCCGACCCACCCGGCCUCCCCCGCCCUUCGAGGAGCCCGUGGAGCCCACGGAGCUGCCCCCUCCCCUCCCUCCGGGCCCCCCGUCCGUCUUCCCCGACUGCCCGCGGGAAUGCUACUGCCCGCCCGACUUCCCGUCGGCGCUGUACUGCGACAGCCGCAACCUGCGCACGGUGCCGGUGAUCCCGCCGCGCAUCCACUACCUGUACCUGCAGAACAACUUCAUCGCCGACCUGCCCGAGGAGUCCUUCCGCAACGCCACCGGCCUCAAGUGGGUCAACCUGGACAACAACCGCAUCCGCAAGGUGGACAGGAAGGUGCUGGAGAAGCUGGAGAACCUCAUCUUCCUCUACAUGGAGAGGAACCAGCUGAAGGAGGUGCCCGCCUUCCUGCCGCCCAACCUGGAGCAGCUGAGGCUCAGCAGGAAUCAGAUCUCCAAAAUCCCCGCCGGGGUCUUCAACAAGCUGGAGAACCUGGUGCUGCUGGACCUGCACCACAACAAGCUGAGCGAUGGAGUCUUCAACAAGAACACCUUCAAGGGGCUCAAGAACCUCAUGCAGCUCAACCUGGCCCACAACAUCCUGAGGAAGAUGCCCCCCGGCGUGCCCAGCGCCAUCCACCAGCUCUUCCUGGACAGGAACAACAUCGAGGACAUCCCCAGCGAUUAUUUCAAGGAGUUUCCCAACCUGGCUUUCAUCCGGCUCAACUACAACCAGAUCUCGGAUAAGGGGCUGCCCAAAAACUCCUUCAACCUCACCAACCUGCUGGUGCUGCACCUGGCCCACAACAAGCUGACCAACGUGCCCUUCAUCAGCCCCAAGCUGGAGCACCUCUACCUGAACAACAACUCCAUCGAGAAAAUCAACGGCACGCAGAUCUGCCCCACCUCGCUGGUGUCCAUCCAGGAUUUCUCUCCCUCCGACCUGGACAGCGUCCCCCGGCUCCGCUACCUGCGGCUGGACGGGAACCUCCUGAAGCCGCCCAUCCCCCUGGACCUGAUGCUGUGUUUCCGCCUGCUGCAGUCCGUGGUGUUUUAGCCCUGCCCCGCCUCUCCCAGGCCCGGCUUUGCUCGGACCUUUGACACGUGGGCCCCUCUCUCCUCCCUCUCCCCUUGCUCGCUCCCCGUCCCCAUCCCUCUCCCCGUUCCCCCCUCCUCCUGCCCUGCGGGGACACCGGUGGCUCCUUGGGGACCGCUCUCUGCAGGACAGCGCCGUGUCCCAGCUGCCAGCCCCGGUCACAGCUCGCUGUCCCUGUCCCCCAGCCGGUUCCGUCUCUCUCUUGGUGCCCCGCAGGGUUCGGGGAGGGUUUGGGGCCGGUCCGGACGGAGCCGCCGGGCUCGGGGCGUGUCUCUGCUCCUGCGGAACCAUUCCCGGUGGGUUUUGGAGCUGGGAUGGGCUGGGCUGGAGCUGAGGGUGGUGGGAUCUGUGGAAGUGCAGGGAGGAUGGACAGUGAGGCCAUCCCAGGGGAUGGGGACACUCCUGUCACCCUUCUGGAGAGCUUUGGCUCCUCAUUUCUCCGGAGGAGGAGGAUCUAAAUCCCUCCUGGAGCUGUGGAUCUGCUGGGAUGGAGCAGGGAGGGGGUCCUGCCCCUGCGUGGGGCACACCUUCCCUCACCCCUGGGCAAGAGCAGACCCUGCCCAGCUUCAAAUCCCCCAUCCCAGCACUGAUCCACGGGGCCCCAUCCCAAAAUCCUGAAUCCACAUCCAUGGGACCACAGCCCCAUCCCAAAAUCCUGAAUCCACAUCCAUGGGACCACAGCCCCAUCCCAAAAUCCUGAAUCCACAUCCACGGGACCACAGCCUCAUCCCAAAAUCCUGAAUCCACAUCCAUGGGACCACAGCCCCCUCCCAAAAUCCUGAAUCCACAUCCAUGGGACCACAGCCCCAUCCCAAAAUCCUGCAUCAUUCCCUGUAAAAUCUGGGAUCAAGGGCCACAUCUGUGGAGCCACAGCCCCAUCCCAAAAUCCUGCAUCAUUCCCUGUAAAAUCUGGGAUCAAGGGUCACAUCAAUGGGGACACAGCCUCAUUCCAGUAUCCUGCAUAAUUUCCUGUAAAAUCUGGGAUCAAGGGCCACAUCUGUGGGGCCACAGCCCCCUCCCAACAUCCUGAAUCCUUCCCUGUAAAAUCUUUGGAUGUAGAGCCACAUCUGUGGGGCCACAGCCCCAUCCCAAAAUCCUGAAUCCACAUCUGUGGGGCCACAGCCCCAUCCCAAAAUCCUGAAUCCACAUCCAUGGGGCCACAGCCCCAUCCCAAAAUCCUGAAUCCACAUCUGUGGGGCCACAGCCCCAUCCCAAAAUCCUGCACCCUUCCCUCUGAGAUCUGAGGGUUGGGGGCCUCAUCCACGGCUCGGUUUCUCUCUGGAGCCAAUCACACACGGCUGGGUUUUGCCUUUUAUUUAUUAGGAAUAAAAGGAAGGGAGAAGAAAAGGGAAGAAUCAUCCUUUGGAAGGGCUAUUUUUAUCCCUGCUCUUCCCCAUCCCCACAUGUAUCGCUUCCCCCUCCCAUAGCUGUACCUGCAUUUAUAGGGUGUCCUGGUUUAGGGGGGAUUAUUCUCUUCUUUUCUUCCUGAGUCUCAGGAUUUGGAUUUAAAGGCCGAGCAUUAGAGAGAGGGAAAAAAAAAAAAAAAUCCAAAUCCAACUGCAAUGAGAAUUAAAUAAACCAAAGCAAGCUCCUUUGUGUCCAGCCAGCAGAACUGACCCUUCCCAGCACGGCCACGGACGGGCACCGUGUCCUCCUCCCUGCAGCUGGCACAGGGAUGCUUCCCUUUUCCCCUUAAUUAAAACCUCCUGCUAAUUAAGGAGGGCUUCCCCUGAUGAUAAAAUCUCCUUUGCAGCUCUCCCUGCAGUUGGGUGGGACAGGUUUAACCCCAAACCCGGACGGGGCCCCCCUGGAUUUAUGUAUAUUUAUAUCUGAUGUGUAUAUAGACUGGUAGAAUGUACAGAUAUUCCCAAAGCCACCUGCACCUCCCAGCCCAGCCACUUCCUGGGAUUUUCACUCCCACUCCCUGCAGCAGUGGAAAUAAAAUCAUUCACAAGGGA